UGGGCCCUGGUACUGCUCGGUUUUGUUUUCUUUUGUUUUCUCUUUUUUUUUUUUUUUUCCAUAUCGCGGAUGAUUUGAUAUGCGAUGGCGUUUGCACCGAAGAUUCGGACGAUGACUGGAGAUUCCUUUUUUUUUCUUCUUUUUUAUCUGCGGCAUUCUCAUCAUCCUGCCUUGCUUCCUAUACAUAAUGUUCUUUUUCUUUUUAUUUCUCUUUCUCCCGUCCGAUGGGACUUAGGGCUAUGGAGCGUGACGAAAUGGAUGAGACCAUGUUAAACGAGUCAGCUUUGUUCUUUCUUGCACACGACUUGGGUUG